AAAAUGAAAGUCAUUCUGAUUUGGUCCCAAAAUAAAUGAUAAGAGACGAAAAUUAGUAAAAACAUCACAAAUCAUUCAUACAUUCUUUUCGCUGCAUUAUCAACAUUCGUGAUCGAAGCACCUGUAUUUCUGCCACCCGCACCUACUGAGCUAUUUAUAUACCUCCUUGAGUAUGGGACUCAUUCACAGAAUGAAUUCAUUGCUCUUGUUUUGGUAAGCGUGAAUUUCAUAUAAAAGCGGUAGAAUUCUGAGGUAUUUCAUUCAGUUUUGAAUUUCCGAAUCUAAAGGAAGCUUGUCAAUUGUAGUUCAAUAAAAGAAAGGCCAAAUAAUGUUGCUGACUAAAAUCAGUUUCUGUGUUCUUCUGAUCAUCUUCGGCUCGAGCCAACAAGCUUACGCCCAAUUCAACCCCAAUUAUGCAUCGGGACGUACGACAAUGGUGCAUCUCUUCGAGUGGAAGUGGGACGAUAUAGCUGCCGAGUGUGAGAAUUUCCUUGGACCCAAAGGAUAUGGAGGUAUUCAAGUUUCUCCUGUAAACGAGAAUGUUGUAGUGGGCAAUCGUCCGUGGUGGGAACGUUACCAACCGAUCUCCUACCUAUUGACCACUCGUUCGGGAAACGAGCAACAGUUUGCUAAUAUGGUGAGACGUUGUAACAACGCCGGAGUUCGUAUCUAUGUGGAUGUGGUUUUCAACCAUAUGGCCGCUGAUCAUUCCAACGUCCGUGGAACUGCAGGCUCAACAGCUAAUCCCGGUAGCAAGAGUUAUCCCGCGGUUCCCUUCUCCAGCACUGAUUUCCAUGCCACCUGUGCCAUCAACAACUACAACGAUGCUAAUCAAGUUCGUAACUGCGAGUUGGUUGGUUUGAAAGAUCUUGAUCAAAGUAAAUCUUGGGUGCAAGACCGGAUUCUUGAUUUCCUCAACAAACUGAUCAAUCUGGGUGUUGCUGGUUUCCGAGUUGAUGCCGCCAAACACAUGUGGCCAUCCGAUUUAAAGAACAUCUACAACCGUUUGAAUAACUUGAAUACAGAACACGGUUUCGCUGGUGGUUCGCGUCCAUUUAUUUACCAAGAGGUCAUAGAUUUGGGUGGCGAAGCAAUCUCCAAAUACGAAUACACCGACUUGGGUGUGGUAACCGAAUUCCGUCAUUCCGCAGCAAUUGGUAGAUCCUUCAGAGGUCACGACCAACUACGCUGGCUAACCAAUUGGGGCCCGGAAUGGGGUUUCCUCUCCUCGACCAGUGCAUUUGUGUUUGUGGACAAUCACGAUAAUCAACGUGGACAUGGUGCCGGAGGUGGUGAUAUUCUCACCUAUAAAAAUGGCAAACAAUACAAAAUGGCCAAUGCCUUCAUGUUGGCUCAUCCAUUCGGUAUUCCUCGUGUCAUGUCUUCGUUUGCUUUCGACAACUCCGAUCAAGGUCCACCAACAACCGAUGGUAAUAACAUUGCUAGUCCUCGUAUCAACGCUGAUAAUUCCUGCAGUGGUGGUUGGGUUUGUGAACAUCGUUGGCGGCAAAUUGCCAACAUGGCAGGCUUCAGAAACAUCGCCUCCGGUACAAAUUUGCAGAACUGGUGGGACAAUGGCAGCAGUCAAAUCGCCUUCUGUCGUGGCAAUAAGGCCUUCAUAGCGUUCAACAAUGAUAACUACGAUUUGAACACCUCCCUGCAGACCUGCCUACCGGCCGGCACCUACUGUGACAUCAUCUCCGGAGAAAAGUCUGGUUCAUCAUGUACAGGAAAGUCAGUUGUGGUGGGCUCCGAUGGACGUGCCCAUAUUUCGAUUCGUCAAAAUGAGGACGAUGGAGUUUUAGCUAUCCAUGUGGAAUCAAAAUUGUAAACAGAAUUGUGGUGGUUCUAUUUGGCCAGUUUAAAUAAAUAUCGCAAAGAAAAUUGAAAUAUUUGGUUU